AUGUUGCCUUUGAGUGCGUGUUUAUCCGGCGCUUUUGCGGUCAAAAGGUCACUCUGCCAGCGCCUUUGCAGCAUGGAUCCACUCAACUUCACAGUGGUCACGUCCAACAUCUCCUCCUCUCCUGGACAUCCACCUCGUCCCUCCAGUGGUCUGCUGCCUGCGGUGGUUUUGUCACUCUGCCUCCUGCUGGGAGUUCCUGGAAACAUCGCUGUGAUUAUCUUAAAACCAAACCGACAGCACAUGUCGGGCCUGAGCCAGAGUUUGAUGUUGAAUUUGGCCGUAUCAGACUUGCUCUGCCUGCUCACACUGCCCCUCUGGAUUUACACAUUACUGCACAGCUGGACCUUUGGCCUGCUCGCCUGUAAGCUCCUCACAUAUCUCAUGUACUGCUGCAUUUAUUGUAGCCUUCUGACUGUGACAGCUCUCAGUGUUCAGCGAUACCUUCAGGUGGUGCACCAGAAGAAGUGGUUCAAAACUGAAGGAAGUUGGAGGCUGCUGGUUCUGCUCUGGCUGGCUGCAAUGAACAUGUCCAUCCCUGCUUUAGUGGUUAGACAAACAACCACUGACGGGAAUUCAACAAACUGCCAAGCUCUUUACUCCUCCCGGACUCAGCAGGUUGCCGUGCUGCUGACAGAGUUCCUACUGGAAUUGGCUUCAGUUUCUGUCGUGGCAUAUGCAUACAUCCGCCUCCACAGAAAAGUGGAGCAGGCAGCUUUCUUCAACAACCCACAGACGACCCGGCUGAUCACAAGCAUCAUUGUGACCUUUCUUGUCCUCUGGCUGCCAUAUCUGGCCAUGAAUGUACUCAGUCUGGUAGCUAUUUUGUUUAAAAAUGAAACCCUGCUGAAGUUUUGUAAAGACAACUGGAAUACUGUUGGAGCACUGACAUUUGUGAAUAGCUUCCUGGAUCCUUUUAUGUAUGCGUUCGCUUUUACAAACAUCUGCAAUAGGUGCUUUAAAAGCGAACAUAAAAACAGUUCAUGCAAAAGCUCCACAUCCCAGGAAGAUGAAAAUAAGUCAAGAGUCUGACAUAAUCUUAUCUAGGCCUAUAUACAACCACCAGAAAUCACCAGUCUGCACAGCCAGAUUAUUAAGACAUUUAGAUAAGGAUGAAACAAUAAAGUCCACUUGUGAUGCAAUUUGGAUUAUGAUACUGGG